GCUGGUAUGCUGCCCGGCCUCGCCUUCCUGGGCUAUGCCAGCCAAUCGUGAAGAAAGCAAGCGAGGAGCUUGACCAGUUGAGGCCAGCUCGAACAGGCAAGCAGGAAGGAAAGGGUGCUGCCGGAAUCCAGAGAUUGCUGCAACAUGAGACUAUAUGAAAGGCUCAUCAGGCCCUUCCAAGCUCCAUCCGCUGUCCAAAACCUCUCAGGUGCUCAAGUGUUUUUGUUCAGAAGCAGCAGACAAUCCGAUUCGGAGGACUCGUCAGAAGAGGAAUUCAACGCCAUGGAAUUACGUGCAAGGGGGAAAGAUCCCCAACCUUCCAGUUCUUCCAAGAAAAGAGUUGGGGACGUGCAGCUUCUAGAACGGGUUGUUAAGGAGGACGACAACCUCAACAAGCUGGCUCUGCAGUAUGGAUGCAAAGUUGCAGAUAUCAAACGGGUUAAUAACUUUAUCCAAGAACAAGACUUUUAUGCCCUAAAAUCCAUCAAGAUUCCAGUCAAGGUUCAUGGACUACUGACGGAGACCAGCGGCGAGUUGCUGCCUCUUCACACUCCUGCUCUGCUCUCUGAACACUCUGUAUCCAUAGAUCCAGAAAACGGGAGUGGCGACCAGGAACAGCUUGAUCAAUAUUUCAGAGGGAUUGACCAAAACAUUGAAACAGUGACACAGAUGGAAAUCCCUUCGCGCGCAGUUCACCACAUUGAACCUUCAAACUGGUCCUCUCAGGAGCAGAAAGCAACCUGCACUGGAGCGGAUUACGGGAUCCAGUGGUGGAAAGCGGUCUUCCUUAUGCUCCUGAUAGGAAUUGGUUUGCCUGUGUUUUAUAUUGUCUAUUUUAAGACCCAGCAACUAGAUAUGGUACCCAGUGCCUCCAACACGACAGAUCCCAUUAAAAUCUCAGUAAACAGUUCUUUGGUGGGAAGAUCAAACUAUGCUGGGCGAGGAAGGACUCCCACUGUCCAUACUACUAAACAAGCUUUCAUCCCUUCAGGGGGGUGACAGCCCCUGGCCUGCUUCCCCUGCCCCAAAUGAUCUGGAAGUAAUGACAGAUUCUGGGUUUUUCUCCAAGUAUUGCCUCAGUGGAACGCAUCUCUGUUGUUUGCGGUUGCUAAUGAAUUUUGAGUGAAGACCAAGCAGGGGUACAACAGGGCAAAAUGAGUCAUGGAAGAUGAUUAGCCAAUUGUAAGAUUGUUCCCACUGUGUAGGAAGAGCCAUUUUUUUAAAUAUCAAAAAAUGAGGACAGAUUCCCAACCUACUGCAGCAUCCUACAAAUGCCCAGGUUUUCCUCACUAGACCUCAACUUCCAAAAAACCCCCUUUUUUAACUUUCCUAAUUUCCAUUUUCCUUUUACUGAUAAAACAUAUUUCUCAACACUGUGUAAUUUUUUCAGUGAAAGCCGUUUGGGUGAUAUCCCUAUUCCUCUUGCAGGAUUUUGUGAUGCCUGGCCCUUUUGAAGAAAUAAGAUGCAACCAGAUAAUCCACCAAAAGCCAGAACAUUGCAUGUGUUUAACAAAUUGUUUAAAAGCCAUGUUUGAGGUCUUCAAAUUAGGAUUUGGGGGCAUUGUUUACAUACAUAUAUUUAUUUUUAUUUUGCAAGUGGCCAGUGCGUAUCUAGGGUAAACCUUGUGGCCAAGGAAGGUACAAGUCUAUUUUGACAUUAAUCACCCUCAACUGGAGAGUAUUUUUUUUUUUUACUUUUAAUGUGCAUGUUUUAAUAUUUAUGUUAUGUUUCUUAUUGACCAGCAUCCCACUUGUAGGUGACUGGAUAUAUACAGCUAGCCAAAAAACUUCCUCUUAAGCUUUUUGACUGGGAUACAGGAAGUCUUUGACUUACAACAGUUCAUUUAGUGACCAUUCAAAGUUACAACAGCACUGAAAAAGUGUCUUAUGACCAUUUUUCACUUAUGACCGUUCAAGCAUUCCCAGUCAUUUCUUCCCAAUGUUGUCUACCCAUGGAAAAUAAUGGACAUGUGUUGCAAUGAAAAAUGAAUAACAUUCUACCGGCCGGUUCAUGCUGGAAUUAAAUUCCAUAAAGGCUUUAACUCCCUCAUUGUUUAAAGAGAGAGGACAAUAUAAAUUAGAGAAGCCAACUUUGUGAGAAUUUUAUCUUUUAUUAAAGAUGUUUCUAGUCCUAGUGGUUGUGAAAUUCAUGAGUAAAUAACUGCAACUAAAGGGAUCCAUGAAUAUCCUGUAGUAACGUGUUCCAUAUUUUAUACCAGUGAUGGUGAACCUUUUAGAGACCAAGUGCCCAAACUGCAACCCCAAACCCACCUAUGUAUCAUUGGGUGCUAGGUGGGCGUGGCCCAUUGGGUGGGCGUGGCUGCAGCGGUAACGGCA